CUGGCCAGCUCUCUCCUAUUAUCACGCACUCCUGCUCUAGCCUCAGGGGUAAAUCCAGCUCGUCGGGAGGGACCAAAAAACAAAACCAAGAGAUUUCUUGGAGCCCAGUGGUUGAGUUGGGUAUCAUUCGAUUCGAAACCUCACUUGGCACCGCCUUGUGCUUGGUUGUCUUGCGUUGCCUCGAGUUCACUACCCCUGGCUAUCACCUUGUCAGAAAAAAAAAAAAAAAGUCUCCUUAGCGUAUGUGCGCAUUGCCGUUUCCUUGACCUUCGCUCCUUACCUUGUCACUCCCCGGUAAGAUGGGAUCACAUUCACUACCCUCCGCGUCAGCGGCUGAUGCUGUUGCGAAGCUGGCAGCAGCGGAAGCUUUGAAAUCAACUGCCGCCUCUGCCGCCUCUGCCCCUGGCAGUAGCCCAGAGACAGCUUCGGGAACCGCACAAGGUGCGAGUGCAGCCGGGGACGCUGGUCCGGUCACUGUGGUGCCCUCCUCAGAUACCCCAUCGGUAGCGGUGGACCCAGAAGCUGAGGCGGAGGCCUACGAGCGUGCCAACGUUCACAACGUGUACGAGGCUAUUGCACCGCACUUUUCGGCCACGCGGUACAAGCCCUGGCCUGCCGUGGCCCAGUUCCUGCAUGCCCAGCAACCUGGAUACGUAGGUCUCGAUGUGGGCUGUGGCAAUGGCAAGUACUUGGGUGUCAACAAGAACGUCUUCAUGGUGGGCUCGGAUCGGAGUGCCAAUCUUGUUGCUCAUGCCAACGAGCGUGUGAAGGAGCUACAGAAACCGCAGCAGCAGCAACCUGAAGCUGAAGUCGUCAGAGCCAGAAUAGGUGGCAGCAAGAAAGAGAAGAAGCACAAACAAGAAGUACCUACAGGCGGCGAGCGUGAGUCAGAGGCUCCGAAUGCCGCCAUUGGGAAAGAAACCGGCAGUGAAGUGGCAGUGGCGAACGACGUGCUUGUGGCCGAUGGGCUAUCGCUGCCCUUCCGUGAAGGCCGAGCUGACUUUGCUAUCUGCAUCGCCGUCAUUCACCACAUGUCCACCCGGACUAGGCGACAGGAGGCCAUUCGACAGCUCCUGAAAUGCGUCAGACCCGGCGGCCAAGUCAUGGUGUAUGUUUGGGCAUUAGAGCAGGGCGAAAGUCGUCGUGGAUGGGACGAGGGCGGAGAGCAGGAUCUGUUGGUCCCUUGGGUGCUGAAGAGUCAACAACCCAAACCCAAGAAGGAAAAGCAGCCCAAGGCUUCGAAGCAGAAGCAAAAGUGGCCGCAGCAGCAGCAGCAGCAGCAGCAGCAGCAACAGACGCAUGAGCAGGCAAAUACGCCAAUGCAGCAGCAGAAUCAUGAUAGCACCGAGUCACAGGAAGCUAUCACCGCAAAAAGUGUUGGGGAAAAGGAGGCGACCCCAACAUCAUCAUCAAUAUUAUCACCAUCAUCCGUCCCCAAAGACGCUAGCAUGACGAUCGGCGGCGGCACGGGGGCGGGCGUAACCGAACCUGCAAGCGCAGCCGCAGCCGCGGUGGCAGGCCCUGAUGCCAAGACCGACACCGGGGAUGCCGCCGCCAACGCCGACGCAGUCUUCCAGCGCUACUACCACCUUUACCGUAACGGUGAGUUGGAAGAGGAUGUGUUGGCAGCGCGAGGCGCAGUCGUUAUGAGCGGAUAUGAGCGCGACAACUGGUGGGUUGUGGCUACCCACGCUACCAAUGACGAUACAUUGCAGGACUAGUCAUGUGUUUUGUCGACUCAGGACUGUCAAACAGAAUUAGAAUCACCGACUUGAAUUGUGAAAGGCAGUGAGCCGAUCUCCCUACCAAAGAAAGGAUAGAAAUUAUGACUGCAUACCGCAUUACAUCCAUCCAUCCAUCCAUCCAUCCAAGACCUCUUAGCCACUGUCGCCGACCCGGUGCCUGACGCUAUCGCUAGUGGUUCAAGCGAUUGGUUCAAACCUCGCACUUUUCCUCAAACCAAACCCUG